AUGUCCAACGAAGACACAUCUCGACCCGCCGUCAUCCUCCCCGCUGCAGAUCCAGCUAAAAUCUUCAAACCGGACAUUUUCAAAGGCAAAGUUCUCUUCUGUACCGGUGGUGGAUCAGGUAUUUGCUAUGAAAUGACCAAAACCAUCAUGUCCUUUGGCGCCGACGCUGCUAUCUUGGGACGCAAAGCCGAUCGACUUUCGCGUGCUUCUCAAGAACUUUCUUCCGCAACUGGUCAGCAGUGUCUUGCCUGUCCUGCUGAUGUUCGUGAGCCGGAACAACUCAAAGAAGCUGUUAGGAAGACAGUGGAGAAAUUCGGCAGGAUCGAUUUCGUCAUCGCUGGUUCAGCCGCAAACUGGUUAGCUGCAAUCGAACAAAACUCAGAGAAAGGUUUCAAAACGGUUAUCGACAUUGAUCUCAUCGGUUCCUACAACACUGUUAAGGCUACGCUGGAAGAGGUAACCAAGAAUAAGGGGAGCUAUAUCUUUAUCAGUGCCACCCUUCACUACUACGGGCUGCCCUACCAGUCGCAUUCCUCGGCGGCAAAGGCAGGAGUGGAUGCACUGAGCAGAGUUCUGGCGGCGGAGAUGGGUCCUCUGGGUGUGAGGAGUAACGUUAUCGCUCCGGGACCCAUCGCUGAUACGGAAGGUAUGGAUAGGUUGGCUCCUAAAGGUUUAGGUGAUGCAGUGGCGGAGCAAGUGCCGAUGCAGAGGAUGGGAAAUAAGAGCGAUAUUGCCGCUGCAGGGGUGUAUCUGUUCAGUGAGGCAGCUAGCUAUGUUACGGGAACACAGAUGGUGGUGGAUGGUGGAGCUUGGCACGUGGGUGGAGCUAUGUUGCCUUACCCGACCAGUAGUUUGGAUCCUAAGAGUUUGAGUAGUAUCGUUGCUGGCUCGAGGCUUUAA